AUGACAGUGAUUAUGUUCCCUCGUUAUGUCAUUCCCUGUUUAUUGGGUUUGAUAUUAUGUGGUGAUGUGACUGAAGGCAAUAUCCCACCACAUCGGUGUGACUUCGGCAAGUUGAUGAAAAACAUGAGUAUGCGGGACCUUCCAGUGGUGGAUGAGCCUCCAGUACCUAAAGGAGAUCUGGUGCAUGCGAUUGUUACGAGUUCAAUGGCAGGAUGGCAACCCAUUCGAUUUAAGGUUUUUAAAUCGGAUAUUGAGGACCCGAAGAAAUAUUGUGGAAAUGUGGGUGAAACUCGCUCUAAUUUUAGGGGCAUCUACUACAAAUGCAAAACUGAAUCCUUGCUGACAUCGCAGAAGAAAUCUCUUUUGGAUGCUGUGAUACCAGAUGCACUGAAGAUGCACAGCGAUCGCCUCAUGGUACAACCAGUAAAGGGACGAAUCACGGUCCAUAGGGAGCAAUCGUUUUGCAAAAACUUUAACAUUCCCAGGGAACACCGCACUACAGGUGUCUCCGAUGCUGAUAUGGUGUUAUAUGGUGCCGCUGGUCCAAUGGGUUCACCUGCAGCAUGGGCUGUUCCGUGUGCGAAGUUGAGGGAUGGACGCCCUGUUGUUGGUGUUUUCAAUAUUGGACCUGAAGUGCUGACUUCUCAUGAUAGUAGUAUGCGUGUGACGGCACAUGAAAUUGCUCAUGCUCUUGGAUUUGGUUUUGAUAUUAUGAAUGAGCGGAAGCUUGUGGCAUCCAAAUCUGGCAUCCGCGGUAAGGGCCCUGUAUGGGUUGUAAAGUCACAAACUGUGGUAAAGAAAGCGCAGGAAUUUUAUGGUUGCAAUGAUAUCACGGGUGUGGAACUGGAGGAUGAAGGUGGCAGGGGUACGGUUAGAUCGCAUUGGGAGCGUAGGAUCGCAAUGGAAGAGAUGAUGGCUGGUAUAAAAGGCAGCGAUGGAGGCCGUUAUAGUGUGCUAACUAUGGCAUUAUUUGAGGAUAUGGGUUUUUACAAAGCCAGAUGGGGAACUGAAGAAGAUAUGCAUUUUGGUAAAGGACGAGGCUGUGAUUUUCUGCAACACACACGUAUAGAGAGUGGAAAGAGCAACUUUCCUGAUGUGUUUUGUACAUCUGCGACAAAGAAGGGUGAAAAUGUUUGUACCGCCGACAGGGGUGGGUUGGGAUCAUGUGCCAUUUAUUUAUACAGGACUCCAAUACCCCAGCAAUAUCGGUACUUUUCUCGUGUCAAUAAGGGUGGCCCCAAUGAACUGCUUGAUUUCUGCCCUUACAUACGUCUCUUCUCCAAUACCGGCUGCACUGAUGGUCAUCCGCAUGCAAUGUGGGGAAGUCGCAUUGGACCUAACUCACGGUGUGUGAAAGCUACGGGUCUCAAGCUGAAGAACGUUAUAGUUGCAAUUGCUGAUAUUUGUGUUGAGGUGAAUUGUGAACCAGAUACUCUUCAGGUGCGUUUUGUUGAUGACGACCAAUGGUAUGAUUGCCCCGAGGGAAGAAAUGUGACAUCUAAUGUGACAUUCUCCAGCGGUUAUGUUCGGUGUCCUAAAAAGUCUGAGUUGUGUGCCUCGAAGGUGUUGAAGCGGGUCACCGUCCCUUCGGCGGUGGCAUCCGAAGGAUCUUCUGAAGGAUCUUCCGAAGGAUCCUCCGAAGGAUCUUCCGAAGGAUCUUCUGAAGGAUCUUCUGCAGAAUCUUCCGAAGAAUCUUCAGAAGAAUCUUCCGAAGCGCCUUCCCCAGUGGAUUCUGAAGAGACAGAGCACGGGACAGGUGCAGCAUCAUGGGCUGUACAUUCAAGUUAUUUUAUGUGGAAUAUGCUACUCUUCGUUUCUUUUUCCCUAUAA